UUUAAAAUUAAAUAAAAAAUCCCUAUUCCGGGCUCAAUCAUCUGCGAACAAUCUAGCGGUACCUCGAAUUUCUUCUCCCUAAAUCUCCAUCAUUUGCUCUCCGUAAUUCUCCAUGGACGUGAAGCUUCGAUCCCCAUUUUUCGCCGGCGCGUUGUGUUUGUUUCUGAUCGGAACCCAGUUUUUGAAAUCGACGGCCUUGAUUGCUAACCAAGAAUUCAAUCCUCCAUAUUCAAAAGCUAUUUCGGAUUUGAAGGAAGCAAUUGUGAAAGGGUUAGGGUUCCAAGCUGAGGAUUUCAAGAUAUCUGGGUUUGAUUUGAGGGAUGCCCAGGUGGGGAAGUCGGUGGCGUAUGAAUUCGAUGUGGAGAUUGAUAAUAAAGUGAUGCCGUUGAAGUUGUUGGAGGAUGUGAAAAAAUGGGAAUACGUGGAUUUACCCAUUUUCCAAACGGAGCACCCUAUUCGACCUGGGGACGCAAAUGGGCUGCUACCAAGAAGAAAGUUUGAUGAUAAGAUGCCCGUGCUUGUCCCGUUUCAAUUGGCGGGCCCCAUGGAGCUCUGGAUUCAGGAUGCUGAUCAUAUGAGGAUAUCGUUGCCUCACGACGUGGAUGCCGGUGUCUUAAAGAAAGUCGUCCUAGCCGAAGGUGCCGUGGUCACAGUCAAGGGCGCCCGAUCAGUCAGUCUUCGGCACCCAGUCGAGCUCCCUCUCCCCUUCAACCGAACCACCACCUCAACCUUUGCCUCGGGCCUCCUGACCCUAGCCGAGCACCUCCAGACCGCAGCCCGUUCUUCAAACGGGCCCAUAAUCUCCCUCCGCAUCGUGGGCCCCACUUCCCUCACCUCCCCUCCCUCUCCUUCACGGGACAGCCGCCUCAAGCUCAAACGCCUUGCCCCAGGCCUGGUGGAGUUAUCCUCCGCUUCGCGCACAAAGCACGGUCCAGGCCCAAUCUCAGCCGUCGAUCUCCACGGAGAAUCGACAGCCUUGCUUGCUCCAGACCGAUUCUCAGCCCUGUGGCCUGUGGUUUCGGUAAACGGGUCAAGCCCGAACCUUGUUGGGUUCGAGGCCCUGUUAUCGUCUGUUUUGGGCCCGCGGGCUAAGAAGGAGGGCUCGUUUAAGCUUGUGAGGGCGGAUGUUUCGGCCCAGACAUUUAUGAAAAUAGGGUUCGGGGUGGAGAGGAAGGUGGGGGAAAAGGAGGUGGAAGGUAUACCGGUGUGGAGGACAAAGCCAUCGAGCGUGACUAUGCAUUUCGAGGUUUUGGCGAAAGUCGAGGGGAAUAAAGUUGUUCCGGAGAGGGUGGUGCAGGUGAACCCUGUGAUUGGAGAGGACACGGUGGAGUCCAGUGUGCUCGUGGGGAAUGUUACGAUGUCGAGGGUGCAGGUGGUGCACCCGCCUGCGAACCCGUUUUCGUUGUGAGUGGCUUUUUCUUGUUGGGUUGUUUGAACUGUAGCUCUUUUUUGGGGGGGUUGAUUUUUGAAAUGGAAGUUGAGGCUGAGAAAAAAGUGUAGAGGUUCUUGUUUGUUAUAAAUUAUAAUUAGGCUGUGAUGAUGAUAUAUAUGUAUAUGACAGUUGUAUGAGAUGGGGCCUGAUGUGGAAGAUGUAUUGAUGUUGGUUGCCCUUUGAUGUGAGCUUUGUUAUUGUGACAUUAGUUAGUGACUUCAAAUGUCGUUUUGCCAUGCGUUGAACUGUCAAAUACUGUUCGAGAUACUUGUGGUUGCCUGGGAGAGCUUCUGGUUUUGUGUGUAACAAAGUGACAUAUGUUAUUCAUUCUCUGUUUUGGUCUCUUAUUUAUUGUCGUUGGACUGAAUUUCAGAAUUGUGUGAUUACUCAAAGUCGCAUUUUCCACCAGAAAGCUUUUGUAUAUGUUGCCUAUUUGCAUCCGAUUUUGGAGACAUCAGCUAAAUCAAAUGAGCCUAGUGAUUGCUACCAUACCUCCGAAGACUUCUUUUCUCCCUCUAUCUUUCUCUCGCACUCUCACAGCGCAGAAUUUCAGAACCCCAGGGUGUGCAGGAAAAAGGAAUUUGGUUGUACUCAACCAAAGUCGAAAUCUUGAAAACCGUACCAGUGGGCUAAGCUUGGAAACUAUGGAACAAAAGCAGCCGUCUCCUGAAAUCGGUCGGACACUUUAUCCAGAUAUUGAACCGUUCAAUACGGGUUUUCUUAAGGUUUCGGAUAUUCACACAAUUUAUUAUGAACAGUCGGGGAACCCAGAUGGGCAUGACCUGACAGAAUUUCUUUUACCAAGAUUCCUUGUGUACUUUGUGAAUUAUCAUGUGAUGCAGCCGGCGGUUUUUCUCCAUGGAGGUCCAGGAGGCGGGACUUCACCUAAUAACCGGAAAUUCUUUGAUCCUAGUUUUUACAGGAUCAUCUUAUUUGAUCAGAGAGGUGCUGGUAAAAGUAUUCCUCAUGCUUGCCUGGAGGAGAAUACGACUUGGGACCUUAUUGAGGACAUUGAAAGGCUUAGAGAUCACCUCAAAGUUCCAGAAUGGCUGGUAUUUGGUGGUUCAUGGGGAAGCACACUUGCUUUGGCAUACAGUGUAUCUCAUCCUGACAAGGUCACUGGCCUGGUUUUGAGAGGCAUUUUUCUGCUGCGUAAGAAAGAAAUUGACUGGUUUUAUGAGGGUGGAGCUGCUGCAAUAUUCCCUGAUGCUUGGGAGUCAUUUAGAGAUCUUAUUCCAGAAAGUGAAAGAGGAUGUUUUGUCGAUGCCUACCACAAGAGGUUAAACUCCAAUGACAAGGAAACACAAUAUUCAGCUGCUCGGGCAUGGACGAAAUGGGAGUUAGAGACAGCUCAUCUUCGGCCAAAUGAAGUACACAUAAAACGAGGAGCUGAUGACGAGUUUUGCUUGGCUUUUGCAAGAAUUGAGAACCACUACUUUGUCAACAGAGGAUUUUUCCCUUCAGAUUCAUACCUGUUGGACAAUAUUGAGAAAAUUACGCACAUCAAAACUGUAAUUGUGCAGGGAAGAUAUGAUGUCUGCUGCCCGAUGAUGUCAGCAUGGGAUCUUCAUAAGGCUUUGCCUGAGGCUGAUUUUAGAGUGGUACCUGAUGCAGGCCAUUCUGCAAACGAACCAGGAACAUCAGAAGAACUAGUUGCUGCAACUAAUAAGUUGAAGUUUAUUUUCGAGGGAAAAUCAGCCUGAAGUGUAUUUUCAACUAAUGGUGUUUCAUGCAUUCAAAAUGGGGACUUGUUGAGGGGGGUUUCCCUUUGUGCUUUAUCUGGAAAAUUGCUGUUAGACGAUUGUUCGGAUUUUGGGAUUUCAUGAAGUUGUUAGCGAAGCAGGAUUAAACAGUUUUAUUACUACACAGACUGACUACUUUUCCAGCUUCUUCUACCGAUAAUAGGCAUUUUCUGGAGAACAUAAUUGUUAAAGGAAGUCAUUAACUAAAUGAAAAAAUUGAACCAUCACAAGCCAAAAUAAAGGAUGUACUUUACACCUUGAGGUAAUUCUACCGAGCGCUUUUCGUGGCCUUACGUUAGGACUCCUGGCUGCCAUUACCUGUUUAGAACAAAUGCAUGAUAAAUCAUUUUAAUUUUAGAUAUCCAGAUAACUGCAAAGGCAAACGAGUUGAUUUGUCUUAUCAAGUUUUGAUUUAUUUAUUUUGAGAAAAAU